GUUUUGAAUAACAUGAGGGUGAGUAAACAAUGACAGUAUUUUCAAUUUGGGGUGAACUAACCCUUUAACUUGUUAACAUACUAUAUCAUUAAUUAAGUAAGGGAUAAUGUAGUCAGCCAUUUGUUAUCCCAAAAUAAACCCCGACAGGGUGAUCAGGACUUGGGUCUUGUAUCACCCCGAAGGGAUUUUGUGAUGAGGAGGAGGGCGUGGCCGGGCCGUGAUAGUGCAUGGCCGGCGCUGAAUCAGCGGGAGAGCAAGGUAAAGUGGAGCCAGAGGUGCCAGUACGUGAGAGAGUGAUGCACACGGCUGCGCUGCAUGUGUGUCUGUGUUCAUUUAUGUUUUAUGUUGUUUUAAGUUCAUUUAUAUCAUUAAACCUUUAUGUUGACUGUUCAGCCGGUUCCUGCCUCCUCCUUGCCCAUCCUUUAACUGUUACAACCAGCUGACUAUAUAUUAUCCCACUUAUUACAUGGCUACUAACCAAAUAAAUAACAAAAUGGACAUGAAAUGUUGAUUCGCAUAGAAAUUAUGUUAUUAUGUGAGAAGAAAGAAAUCACUGAACAGCUGAAUUCCACCUCCAGUUUGCAUCGGAGUUCUGUUGGUGUUUAUUUUGCAGAAAUUACCAUCUGACUGCUCAUUAUCCAGCUUAUUACAAGACUACUUGCAAAAUAAAUAAGUAAAUGGACAUAAAAUAUAUUUGCAUUGAAAUUAUGUUAUUAUGUGAGAAGAAAGAAAAUACUGAACAGUUGAUUUGCACCUCAGGUUUCCGUUGGAGGUCUGGUGUUGUUUAUUUUGCGAAAAUGACUGUCUGACUGCUCGUUAUCCAGCUUAUUACAAGACUAUUUGCCAAAUAAAUAAGUAAAUGGACAUGAAAUAUUUAUUUGCACUGAAGUUAUGUUAUUAUGUGAAAAGAAAGAAAUCGCUGAACAGCUGAAUUCCACCUCCGGUUUCCAUUGAAGUUUGGUGUUGUUUAUUUUGCGAAAAUGAAUGACUGAUCAUCAUCCUGUUUUUUACAAGACUACUUACCAAAUAAAUGAAUAAAUGGACAUGAAAACAUUGAUAUGAGUUGAAAUUAUUGUAUUCGUUUAUUUGUAGAGAUCGAAGAGUGAUACGAGAAGUAAGAAAGAUGACUCGCAAUACCCAGAUGACCAGUCUGAUGGUCUGAUAUUUAGUUGUUACUAACUAAAUAUCAGACCAAUAGUUGGCACCAUUAACCAAUCAGAAUCGAGUAUUCCAGAGACCCAUGUAAUAAAUAUGUUUAACGUUACUAGCAGAGCACUUGUUUAUCAGUAAAUAAUGGAGAAAGGGUCAUUCCUUUAUGGGUCAUUUCUUUAUAAAUCAAACCCAAAUGGGAUGUUUAACAAAAGUAAUGGCAUUUGCAUUCUUUCUAUGGUGACAUUUUAUGAUCUUUGAAUCUCAACAAGUAAAAUAUCACCAACAUAAUGGAAUCAAGUCUAAAUUUAUUUUGUGUAUUCAGGUGCCUAGUGGAGGGGAUAAAUGAAACCAUUUUUAUUACACUGGAAAAAGUGAUUGAUGGAUAGAGGUAGGCCUAUAAAAAAGGGAAAACUGGGGUUACAAUAGCCAAAGCAAACAUAUUUUGGUCAAAAACAUGCAAAGAAACAGCUGGAGACUGUAGAUAUUUUCAGAUGCAUUUUUCACCAUGUGAUCAAGUCUCUGGCAGUGAAAUACAGAUGUGACAGACAGAUGUUGGGUCAGACCGACCCUUUGAUGUUUCACCAGAGCCACUCCUCCAGAGAACGCUGCCACUGGCUGGUGUUUAUGUGUGAUUAAAGGACAUGUCAUGUAUAAUUAGGUCAUGAUCUAUUUCUCAACAUCAGGCCCUCCAUCUGAAUCACUCAAACCCACAGACUCACAAAACAGAUAGACACCACAAAAAAAGCAAUCUCAUUUCUUUUACCUAAAUCACAAAGCACAUCAGACACUAUGAGACAUACAAGAUUGUAAGACACAAUGUGUUUCUGAGAGAAAAAGACUAUGACUAGCAGAACUAAUGUGUUAAUAUGGCGAUUCUUUGCAUAAUACAUCAGUGGUAUGUACUGUAAUAGUAUUUUCCAAAUGAUGCAUGAUUUUCCACUGUAGUAUUAAAUGAAAAUCAUAUCCAGUGUCAUAUGGGUCUAGGACAAAGCUAUCAUACGUUCCAGGAAAUGUAUUUAUUUUGAAGAUAAUUAAUUAGUUGCUAAGUUACAGUAGAUCUGGGGUGUGUACAUAGUUUAAACAGAGAUGAUGAGAGCUGAGUUUUGCAAAGACACUGGCCUUGCCCAAGGAGCAUGCUAAUCCAAUUAUGAUGCACUGCUGCUCUUUUCAGGGCGUUUUCCCUGGAACAUGCAUUGAAUUAGUACAGAAACAGCAUAUUCAACAUGCAUAUUAAAACAGCUUAAACCCAAAACACAACUCUAUUGUAACAGCUUACAUAUUCGUUGUUAUGUAUUGUAUAACUGUGGUAAUUGCAGGAGCAAACUGACUGUAAUUUGAGAUGGAAAAAGUAAAACACACACACACACAACUGAGUAACAAAUAAACCAGCAAGAGGAAGGAACCAAACAGCAUAUUUGCUUGUUUGUGAAAGCCCUGUGUGUGCUGCUAAAAAAUAUAUUUUUAAAUCAGUAUUUUUGUUCUGUUUUACAGUAAAAAUAUUUAAACAUCCUAAAAACAAGAUAUAUUUACUUGAGUCAGCAAAACUGAUGACUUGUUUUCCUACAAUACAGUUUAUCUAGUUUAUUUUUCUCACCCCACUGGCAACUGUUUCUUGUUUUAAGUGUAAACCUUAAUACAUUUUGUUAGAUUUAUGCUUCAAGGAAUAGCUCAACCAAAAAUGAAAUUUCUGUCAUGAUUUACUCACUCUUAUGUUGUUCCAAACCCAUUUGAGUUUCUUUAUUAUGAGGAACACAAAAUUAGAUAUUUUAAUGAUUAUUUUGAAUACAGUGGCAGUUGAUAGUGCAUCAAUUUUAAAAAAAUGCUAACAAAAAAAAAAAAUCAAUUUAUAUAUCAUUUCAACGAAAUAAUUGUUUCAGUGAGUCCGUUGCACAUUAAUGAGCACUAUGAGAUAAGCUUAUUUACAGGGCGUUUUCCAGACUGCAUUUUUGCACCCUUGAAGUGCACUACGGGAAGGGGACACCACUCGAAGGGUCCUUCCAAACAAACGUAUGAAAGUUUAUUUUUUCACAAAGGGCCCUUUUACAAGACUUUAAGUGAUGGGUACAUCUUCUCUUUAGAGAGCCCACAUCAAGAACUUUGCCCUUUGUAGUGGGUAGAGCAUAGGGAUGAUCACUUUCAAUUGGAAUCUCUCUACAGUGUCACGAGUGUUCAUGUGUGACCUUGCAUUAUUUUCAGUGUCUGGUUGUUCAUCAUCGUAUGCCUUCAGAACACUUGAAAUUUGAUACACAAAUUGCAUGGACUACAUUUAUGAUACUUUAAGUUAAUGGGGGAAAUAAAAGGCGGUGGAACAUGCUUUUACAUCAAUGAAAGUUGGUGUACAGAUGUAACAACAUUAAAGAGGAUGUGCUGUCCUAAUUUGGAAGUGCUCUUUAUUAACUGUAAGCCGUUCUACUCGCCGCGGGAGUUUUCCUCGUUUAUUCUGGUGAGUGUGUAUAUCACGCCAAAUGCGUGUGUGAACACAGCGCUGCAACAGCUGACUGAUCAAAUCACAGACACAGAACAACAAUACCUGGACUCAGUUAUUAUUAUUCUUGGGGAUUUUAACAAAGCAAAUCUCACACAUGAACUGCCCAAAUACAAACAGCACAUUACGUGCCCCACCAGAGACAGGAACAUACUGGGUCACUGCUACACAACAAUAAUGGAUGCAUAUCGCUCUGUCCCUAGAGCAGCUUUGGGACUCUCUGAUCACUGUCUGGUUCAUCUUCUUCUAACCUACAGGCAGAAAUUAAAAUCAACCAAGCCAGUAUUAAGGACUGUAAAGAGAUGGACCAAUGAAGAAGAGCGGGAACUACAAGCCUGCUUCGAUUGCAUGGAUUGGAGUGUUUUUGAGGCUGCAGCCACAGACCUGGACGAGCUCACAGAUACUGUUAAAUCAUAUAUCAGUUUCUGUGAGGAUAUGUGCAUUUCUACUAGGACUUAUUUAAAGUUCAACAAAGACAAACUAUGGUUUACAGCAGAGCUCAGGCAGCUUUAUCAGGCCAAAGAGGAUGCUUACAGAGUUGGGGAUAAAGUCUUGUACAAUCAGGCCAGGAACACACUGAACAGGGAUAUCAGAGUGGCUAAAAGAAGAUACUCUGAGAAGCUGAAAAACAAGUUUUCAGCUAACGACCCUGCUUCAGUGUGGAGUGGCAUGAAACAAUUCACAAAUUACAGGACUCUUACCCCUAACCCUGUGGUGGACCAACAACUGGCUGAUGACCUGAAUGUGUUCUACUGCAGAUUUGAAAGGCCCAAUCUCACUCCCCACACCCACUCUGACCUUCAAUUCACACAAACACCAACACCUCCUGCAACCCCCCCCCCCCCCGCUACUCAACCUGCACUUAAGAUCUGUGAAGAUGAUGUGAGCUGGUCUUUCGGAAACAAAAGACGAGGAAAGCUUCAGGCCCAGAUGGCGUCUCACCAGUGUGUCUUCGAAUCCUGUGCUAACCAGCUGACCCCCAUCUUCACACAGAUCUUCAAUAGAUCACUGGAGCAGUGUGAAGUCCCAUGCUGCUUCAAACGCUCAAUCAUUAUUCCUGUCCCAAAGAAACCAAAAAUCACAGCACUUAAUGACUACAGACCUGUCGCCCUGACGUCUGUGGUCAUGAAAUAAUUUGAGAGACUGGUGUUGGCCCACCUGAAGAACAUCACUGGACCCUUUCUAGAUCCCCUUCAAUUUGCUUAUCGAGCAAACAGGUCUGUGGAUGAUGCUAUCAACAUGGGAUUGCAUCAUAUCCUGCAACAUCUGGACAGACCAGGGACAUAUGAAAGGAUCCUUUUUGUGGACUUCACUUCAGCUUUCAACACCAUCAUCCCAGCUAUACUCCGGAAUAAAUUACACCAACUCUCUGUUCCCAUGUCUAUCUGUCAGUGGAUUACCAGCUUUCUGACGGACAGGCAGAAGCUUGUGAGACAGGGGAAACUCACUUUCAGCACCUGUACAAUCAGCACUGGUGUCCCCCAGGUAUGUGUGCUCUCCCCACUACUCUUCUCCCUCUACACCAAUGACUGCAUUGCCAAGGACCCCUCUGUCAAGGUCCUGAAGUUUGCAGACGACACCACUGUCAUCGGCCUCAUCCGAGAUGACAAUGAGUCUGCAUACAGAAGGGAGGUUGAACAUCUGACUGUCUGGUGCAGUCAAAACAACCUCGAGCUGAACAAGCUCAAAACGGUGGAGAUGAUUGUGGACUUUAGGAGAAACACCCCAACACUGACCCCCCUCACCAUUCUAAACAACACUGUGGCAGCAGUGGAGUCAUUCAGGAUCCUGGGCUCUACCAUCUCACAGGACCUGAAGUGGGAGACCCACAUUGACUCCAUUGUGAAAAAGGCCCAGCAGAGGUUGUACUUCCU